AUGGCUCGCUUCAACGCUUAUUCCCUAGUGCUGUUGCUCUUUUGCUACGUUUCGUCAGGUGCAGCUGAAGCGGCGUACAAUGUCGCCGGGUUCGGAGCGAAGCCUGGCGGCCGGACGGACUCGUCCGGCGCGUUCGCCAGUGCCUGGUCCGCAGCUUGCCGGUCGCAGGAGCCGGCGACCGUGUACGUGCCGAACGGGCACUUCCUGCUCAGCCGUGCGGCCUUCACUGGCCCAUGCUCCAGCAGGGUGACGCUUCAGGUCGAUGGUACGCUUGUUGCGCCAUCAGGCUACACCAGCCGUGGCGGAGGCGGGGACGACGACGGCUGGAUCGUGUUCGACCACGUCGACGGCCUCACUGUGUCGGGCGGCACCGUCGACGGCCGCGGCGAGGCGCUGUGGGCGUGCAAGGCAGCCGGGCACGGCGGCUGCCCCAGUGGAGCAACAUCGCUGAAGGUGCUGAACUCGAGGAACGUGGUGAUCAGCGGCCUGACCUCGGUCGACAGCGAGCUGUACCACGUCGUGAUCGACGGCUGCAAGGGCCUCACGGUGCAGGACGUACAGAUCGUCGCGCCGGGAAGCAGCCCCAACACGGACGGGAUCCACGUGCAGGCCUCGUCCCAGGUCACGGUCACCCGGACAAGCAUCCAGACCGGGGACGACUGCGUCUCCGUCGGCCCCGGCACCACCAACCUGCGCGUGGAGCACGUCAGCUGCGGCCCGGGCCAUGGCAUCAGCAUAGGGAGCCUGGGGAAGCAGAGCGAGGAGAGCGGCGUGGAGAACGUGACGGUGACGGGGGCCGCCUUCGUCGGCACCGAGAACGGGCUGCGGAUCAAGACGUGGGCGCGGGCCAAGGUGGAGGGCGCGUACGUGCGCGGCGUCGUCUUCGAGCACGCGCUUAUGCACGACGUGCGCAACCCCAUCAUCAUCGACCAGACCUACUGCCCCAACCACGGCGGCGGCGCGGGCUGCCCCCAUCAGAGCUCGGCCGUGAAGAUCAGCGACGUGAGGUACACGGACAUCCAGGGGACGUCGGCGUCGAAGGUGGCGGUGAAGUUCGACUGCAGCGCGAGCAACCCGUGCAGCGGGAUCGGCCUCAAGGACAUCAAGCUCACCUUGGACAGCGGAAAGCCGGCAGAGGCGACCUGCCAGCACGCGGACGGCAGGGCUUCCGGCGAAGUCGAGCCUCCAAGUUGCCUGUAG